AUGGGUCAUAAGCACUUCAUCGAACCGAAGUUCAUCAGUCCCUCGCCACCUGUCAUUCUCUGUCGCUGCAGAUCGGGUAUUUAUCAAUCUGCAGCGACAGAGAAUGACAGGUGGCGAGGCACUGAUGAACUUCGGUUCGAUGAAGUGCUUAUGACCCAUCUGGUAGGCCUCAGUGGUGGACCGACUGCGCCAGGUGCGUCUGUGCGCAUGUUUGUGUUUCUGGUCCCAGCUGCUGGUGGUCAGGGUUAUGAUUGGCUGAAUGAAGACAGAAUAAGCCCGAAACAGAGCUGUAUCAAUCUACCCGCAUUCUCUGUCGUCCCUCCUCGCUGCUAUAUAUAUUUAUAUAGCGCUUUCAUCAUCUCCCGAAGAAGACGAAGAAGAAGUGAGAGCGAAUUCAUGGACCAUAUUUCAUUCGAACUGACGUUCCAGAAACUUCCUGGUUUUCAUCAUCAGAAUAGCGUACUUGUUGCUCCUGCCAGUCUUGAUUUGUUCAGUCUUACCGCUUGGUACUGAUGAGAGACUGCCACGCUCGCAUUCACAAAUGCCGCCACAUGAUUGAACAGCAUUUGUCAACUUGCUAGUUGAUCUUUACGGCACACGAGUUGGGGAUCGUAAAAGCGAUAAUUCUCGACAGUGCAUGGCGUCACCUCAAGUUGCGUGACGACCAGUUGUCUGGAAGAUUUGAGAAAAUAAGUCCGUCAAAGCAGUCCUCUACUGACGGUGUCUUGGUUCACAAUUUGUCCUCUCAUUAUUUAGCUCAGCGACAACUAGCGGUUCCAUCCUACGACGCGAAGUUCAGCAUAAGAGAUGCUCGACCGGAAGACUUUAUUGCAUUCUUUACAUCGGUGCACCAAAAGUGUGAGACAGGCGAGGAGUGCAAAAACGCCAUACGAUAGCAAGUGUCGGCCUUACUCCUCCACCACAAACGCCAGAUGACGAUUUCUAAAGCAGAAGAUCGGGAACUUCUGAAGAUACAAAAAAUAAAGGAUAUCCUCACCCUGUCCGCCGACAAGGGGCGCUCGACUGUCGUCAUGGAUAAGACUGAGCAGUGCACAAAACUAGGCAACCUCUUGAUGGACAAGGAACCUUAUGCGCCAUCGAUAGUCAGCGAGUUUAAAAAGCUCGUAAACAGCAUAAACUAUACGAUCGGCAAGCUGUGGAAGGCGGGAGUCCUUACGAGAAGGGAAGCGUUUGUCGCAAAAACCAGUGAUGUCGCAAUGAUGCGCAUCUAGGGCAUACCAAAGGUCCACAAGCAGGGCGUGCCGCUAUGCCCCAUCGUCUCCUUAGGUGGUAUCCCAACAUUUGGUCUGUCAAAGUUUCUGUGCCGGCGACUUUAGUUCCUUAUCAAGGAUCCGGAGUCGACAGUGAUGUCGGCUGAAGAGUUAUUGACGCGCACCAAACUUCUGGAAGUGGAGGCAGAUGAGUUGGUGGUGUCAUUUGACGUGACCGCAUUAUUCACCUCCAUCCCACCCACGCUGGCUAUCGACACCACUGAUGGGUUUCCCGGGAAAAGUAUGAUGAGACCGACCAACAGCCCAAACGAGCCCACAUCAGCGAGCUCCUGGAACCGUGACUUAAGACCUUUACAUUCAACGGCCAAGUCUAUGAGCUAAAGAAGAGACACCGAUAGAUUCGCCUCUGUCUGGACUAAUUGCCGAAGUAGUUUUGCUGAAGCUCGAACAGCUGGUCUUCAGCUCGUACCUCCCCCCCCCCAAGUUCUGGGCCAGAUACGUCGACGACGCGUUCGUUGUAAUCAAGAGGAGCGAGAUGAGGGCUUUCAAAGCAUUGUUUAACUCAAUCUUUCCCGACAUUUAGUUUACUAUGGAGGAGGAAGUGAACAAUCAGUUGCCCUUCCUCGACAUACAAGUUACGAGAUUGACGGACGGGAAGAUAAGGACAACGGUCUACCGUAGGGCAACAAAUACUAGUCGCAUCCACCACUUCCGAAGCAACCACCCUGUUGGUCAUAAACGCAGUUGUUUCAGAACUCCUUUUCAACGUGUUCAAACACACUGUAGUGACGACAGUGGGAGGAAGUAGGAGAUUAAUUACUUACAGGCCAUCUUUAAAGCCAACGGAUACUCGACGUCCUUCAUACGCAAGUGCCCCUAAAAGCCUCCUUUUGGACGGUCAAAUGGAGAAAAAGCCCAGGUCCUGGCUCUCAGUACCCUAUGUGAAGAACGUAUAAGAAGCGAUGGCGAGAAUCCUGAAACCUUUUGGAAUUGGCGUGGCUCAUAAACCAGAAUGAACCAUCAGACAGCAAAUCAUGGAGCCCAAAGACCCGCUACCAACAACAGAACAGUCGGCGGUGGUCUACAGCAUACCAUGCCCAAAUUGCAAUGCGAGGUAUGUUGGUGAAACGGGCAAACGCCUCGCAACAAGAUUGCACGAACACCAACUUUCAGUCAAUCGUAAGGACAAGCUGUCUUUGGUCUAUGGCCACGUACGUGAACUGAACCACGAUUUUGCAUUUGAGAAAGCAAGGAUAACUGAUCGAGCCGAUGAGAAGAUGGCUAGACUGGUGCCCGAAAAUUGGUCCUCGACUGGUACAUUCAACCGAGCUAUAGAUCUACAUCUCGCCUACUAGGCGCUGCGUACAAGGCUCGGAUCAGUCCGGACAGGAUCAGUUAGGCGAGCGAGCACGCGGGACCGAGAACAAACUCUCACAGAGAGGAGUGGAGUUGGGACCAGAGAUCAUGUGACCAAAGCCAAACACUGUCUCACCGAUGUUCACAUGAACAGCGACGACCGAUCAGUCCACCAGCUGACGUGGGAGAGGCCAACGGGCACGCUGAUUUGACUAGAAUCACGCCGAAUCCAAAGGAAACAAAGGCUGCCCAGGCCUGUCAGCGGUCAGCCCCGGUGAGAUCUAAGCCAGUCAGAGGCAAACAGGCAGGUCAAAGUUCGUGCGUCGAGCACGCCUAUGAUACGAAGCAAGCGGCAAGACUGAAGAACUCAAGACCAGCAGGAGCAACAAGUAGGCCACUAUGAUAAUGGAAACGAGGAAGUUUCCGAAACGUCAGUUCGAAUACAAUAUGGUCUAUGCAUUCGCUCGCUCUUCUUCUUCGUCUUCUUUGGGCAAUUAUGAUCGCAAUAUUUUUAUACAUAUAUUAUUGGUGGAGGACGCUCACCGAUCGUUCUUAUGGGACUCACUCGUUCCGUUGUGCCUUACGGGCUCUCUAUAUCGAGCCCAACCAGCAGCUGCAGAGCGGCGCAAGAUGUAGGCAGUAUGUUAUUACCGGCAGUGGCAAGGGAGACUGGAAUGACCAUUUCUGGCUUAUUAGCCGUUGUCAGCCAGUCAUACCCAACCUCGAAUCAUGGAACACCCGAGACUCGAACUCGCGGCCUCAUAGUCUGAAGUUCACGCCUCCAACCGCUGGGCCGCGAGCCCGCUGCCCAGUCGGUUUCGGUCGGGAAUAUACAAUGGUUGGGGGUGCUCACCGAUCGUUCUUACGGAACUCACUCGUUAUUUGUGCCUUACGGGCUGUCUAUCGAGCCCAACCAUCAGCCGCACAUCGGCGCUGGUCGUGUUAGAGUGCCAGGCUUCAAGGAAUUCGCGGACAUCAACUGCCUUGUCGAUCUGGACUCUCAUUACGAAGCUCUGCGUGCCCGGCUCACUGACUUGCGCCCACGACCUAACAGCAGCCGCUAACCCACACUGAGCCAUGCACAAUCGCACAAUUUCGCCACCCCCAACCCACACACAGCGAACCGCAACUGCGAUCGCUAACACAUCUACGUUGGCUCACUGACCUCUGCCCGCAUGCCGGAUCGAAAAAUAUUAAGUCCAUUGUCCGUAAUCCCAUUGAAUUGUCAUCCCCCAUACCCUCCAACACGGGGAACAUCAACAGUUCUUCCUCCCCUCACCCGCCACAGAUGCUAGCAUAAUUAUGUGCCCACCCCCAUUUCAUGCAUUAGUUGCUUGCCUAUCAGUGGCUGCCCUGUCACGCCAACCAAUUCGGUUUGACCAUUUCACUUUCUCCUCCGAUUAUUUCGUCUGACAAUGGGUUGGUGUUCCCAGCGCGAAAAUUCCCGAGUACAAUUCGAUUUCUAUCCAAUGAGCCAUCUAUCUACAUCAUAUAAAUACAUACCUACGUGCAGAUUCGAGGUCAAAAAUCUAAUUGGAUUGAUCGUCCUCAGAAGAAAGCGAAGAAAAGAAGACGAGUUUAUGAACCGAAAUUUAUUUGAACAGACGUUUCGGAAACCCCUUCGUUUUCAUCAUGAAAACUGGCAUGGGUAAUGAGGAUGUGGUCGAACGUUGAGCUACUACACCUGAAUUUGAAUUUUUAACAGCUCGAAACCCGCAUUUGAUUAAUGGUCGAUUUUACUUUCGCACACUAAAAAGUCGGUCUUUAUUUCAUACAAUUAUUAUCUCAAGUGGAAUUUUGUUCCCCAUAUUAGCAGUCGAGUAUUAACGUUACAUUAAAUGAUUAUUACAACCUUUGUAACUAAUGGCCAUAGUAAUCUGAAUUUGUGUGGGUUAAUUUCUUGUGUUACGCCUUCCACGAACUGGUGACAACAAUAGUACGUUUUUUAACCUUUCUGACGACAGGUUGCUCAGAGUGUCAUCAUUUGCUCAAUUGGAAUAUCCCCAACCGAGUGACCUUGGGUAUACAUGUGUGCACUAAUAAGUUGGCUCUCAAGUCGCGGGCUGCAUUCGGAUAUCACGCAGGUUGCUGACAGACGGGAUUGGUCAAGUGCGAUGCUUGGCUGACGACAUCUUCGCAUCAACUCUUGAGGGCAGAAAGUGUGCAGUAGCAAUAUGUCAAGGGUUACAGCAAGUUAUUUGUAGGAAUACUUAAACUUCAGCUGUUCCGUCCACCUCGUACCAGCAUGCUGAUUUGACUAACAAAAUCCAUACUUUUUGAGUUCAUACCCCAGGAAAACACUUUGCUGAUCCAUUCAGCUCGUUUGCAGGGAUGACAGCGGCGGCUAUUUAAAAACACUGAUGAACAUGGAUAGCUGUCUGCAAAAAAUCAUGAUAUGUACCCCCCCCCACUGGGUUGUCAUGUUGAACUUAGUCUAAACGUAGGCCAUACAGGCUAAUGGCCUACGUUACAUGGGUCGUGUUGCUGCAUUAGUUCGAAACGGAGGCCACCGACUCGUGUACUGACGAUGCAGCGUCGCCAGAUUCCAGAAUGAACUGAAAAUCUUUUGAUAUUUGACUAAUUAACGUAUCCAUUUUUCAUGCCACUGUGCAACAUACAGCCAGAGGUUCAGUUCGAAUUUUGGUAACGAAUGCCGCAGGAAUGAAAAAAGUUCUCACAAUUAAAAAUCAAUUUAUUGUGCAAACAAUCUGAUUAUUCCUUCCAGACGAAUCAUUCCUUCAAAAGGCUGCAUCAGAACUAAGUUAGUUUAUCCCUAUUGAAAUCCCUUGAAUCGCUGCAUUUAUUACGGCCAGUAGAAUAUCAGAAUAUCAGCUGAAAAGCCCCCCUCCCCACCCUCAAACUGAAAACCUAUAGUCCGGGGACAUUAAAACGUUCUACUGUGUUGACGUCGUGGACCUGCAAAAUCCUCCGAUCCGAUUAUGCUUACAAAUAUAUAGUCGCGUAUGACGACGAGGUUAAGGUGGAACAGUCUUCAUUGAACAACUGACGUGUCAUCUAGGCUCGUUGGGAUGCGAUGUUUCGUGACUUGGCGUUUUGGGACAAUAUCGAUGACAUUUAGGGCAUAACGAGUCCCUGUUACUCUUAAGGGGGAUCGGAUACACCCUCUCUUCAGUGAUGUGAACUAACGGCGGCUGUUCGAAACCCAUUGCGGACAGGUUUAGUUCAACUGCGUACCUGUGGCUAGUUCGAUGUUAACGACUUGACCAUGCCAUCGUUCGAGAUAAAAGCUUCGGGAGGCCUCUUUAUGGUCUUUGUAAUUCGUCGACUAAUAACUGUUUCCGGUGUAUAUCAAUCUCUAAACGUUUAAAGGGGUCGUCUACCAUAUUUGGGAGCAUUUCGAGGUGGAGAAUAGCUGUUCAUAUUUGGACCUCGUUACGGUGAUUGCCGAACAUCCCUUCGGCGCCUCCUUCUCUUCCAAAGGGAAUUUUUGUACUUUUUUUUUACUUAGAAAGGGCUCCAGGAGUAGUCUAUGUUAGCCGCCCUCAUACGCCUAAAAGGAAGACAUGUGAUCUGGGAAGACGUUGUCCUGUACACAUAUAAUCCUGCUUUAGUAAAAUAUAUGUGCAUUUGUUGUGGAAGUAAUGGUCUUGAAUGUUGUUUGAACGAUUCUACGGAAACUAUAAAGCUGUUAGCCCCUCGUGGUGCAAUGAUAAUAAAUCUGUACUCGUUCGUCAUUUGUUCUUCAACUGAGAAUAACGUCCUAGAGAGCGUUAAGCAGCAAUGCGUAAUCGAUCCUCCCGAAAAGACUAACGGAAUGAGGGGGAUGUUUUCGAUUGUUUGCAGAGAUCACAGAGUCGUACACCAACCACAUAUUGCUCUGAGUCAAUCACUUGGACGUUAGCAGAAGUUGAGACACUGAUCUGCGAUCGGUAAUAAUCACCGUACGGAGGAAAUCAUAGCCACCGAUUUGGUUUGCUUGAGGGUAUCUUUUAAGGAGAGUUGAAUUGCACCUGUACGGCGAUGAAUAAGAACCCACGGACAACCAUGUGCCCUUGGCCGACAGAUGAGAACAGGCAAGUUCCAGUAAGCAGCUCAGAAGACGAAGAUGCGAUUAGUGGAACAAGAAGUUUCUUGGCCUGACGCUUCAAUUUCUGCGCAAUUGUCUCGACAAUAAUGUGUUGUGGAAGUGUGUUUCAUACAAGCCCUAAGUUAACGCAGAGCUGUCGAGACGCGCAGUACUUCAGCAAGGCAGAUGACUGAUCAGAGUGCUCCUUCAAGACUGUCACUUACGUUUUCGCAAAAACCGUCAGAGGAAUGACCAAGGAACUGACGGAGGAAAAAAUGCAGAUGUUAAGGUAUUAGGCCUCCGUGUUUCAUGUUCCAUUCCUCCUCACGGGGCACCGCCGCGCAACCUGCUUUCCAAGGUGGAAGUUGGUGCGCUUAAGGAACUCAGAGCCGACAAUGACCUCGUUAUUGUGCCUGCGGACAGGGGGCGUUGCACGAUCGUAUUGGAUAGGACAGACUACAUUCAGAAAGCCAAACGCUUGUUGGGGGAUCGUCUGUCCUAUGUCCCGUGCGGAUCCAACCUCAUCUGAUAGUUGACACACGAGAUCAUUGCGAUGUUGUUGGCCAUGGAGAACCCAGAUGCGAUAUCACCGAUAGACUUGCGCGUGGCGAGGGCGCAGGAAACGACCGUGGCCCGAUUCUACGGUUUCUCAAAAGUUUACAAAGAGAGCGCUCCUCUCCGGCCAAUCGAAUCACUAAACAGCACUCCAAACUACACUCUGGCAAAGCUAGGCUCUGCCUAACGAUCAGAGCCCAGCAACCGUCGCGACCAACAGGCUAAAGCGGGUGAGGGUAUCCGUGUGUGCAUCUCGGCUUACGGUAAUCUCGGCUGCGGUGGCCGGACUGAUCACCGCGUCGGCAUCUCCGAGAUGAGACUCCGUCUGGAACAUCGUAGGGGCUACAAGGUAAUUGGUCCCCAUGGUAAGCAAACAUUAUUCUGCUGCCUUUGCUUUCGCUUGUUUUUACUUGCUUCUUCUCCGCCUGCUUGUUUGUGUUUGCCCUUGUUGAAAGGUAAAUGUCGUGCUCUCGAAUUUCGCCUCUUGCCUUUGCUUUUUGCUAUUCUUGCCUGCUUGCGCUUUGUCUGCUUAUUCGUAUGCGUCAUUAUUGUAGCCUCAAUGCGUUUUUUUGGAUUUGUCUGCCUUUUGUUUAUAUUUCAGCAACCAGUUCGCUUAGAGAGGUACGGGACGGCUCUGCUUCCCGGCUCUCCACCCUUCCCCAUCCCGCCGCGACGGGUUCACGCGGACAAGGAGGUCAAGUCAGACGUUGAAAAUCUCCCUGAUGCGCAUGCAGAUCUACCCGACAAACUGAGAGGACCUCGCCCCGGAUCGACUUACUUGGAGGAGAACAGUGAACACAGGCGCAGAAAUCUUCGAAGCCAACUGCAUAUCCGCUACCAAAGGAAAACGCAGGACAAACAAAUCUUAACUGCCGACGCCGCCGCCGCCACAUAACCCCAACGCCCAACGGCCCCCAACAUGUCCACUAUGUCAAUGGACUUUUCAGGCGUCAAUUGGACUUGCUGGACACUUGCGGACCAGCUGCAGCACCCGGACUGCAUCAACCGUCGUCUCUCCGUCCACCUCUCCCUCGCCUCCCACGCCGUCAACUAACGCUGACCGCCAUCCAGACCCACCACCACCAUCAUCCUUCUCCUCCUACUCCUCCUCCUCCUCCUGCAUCUCAGUGUCUGCCGCUGUGGCGUCUGCCAUGCCCAUCAACACUACACACAAUCCUGACACACCAAGAAAACCAGCACUAGCGAUGAGGACGGGGUUUUUACUUGUCCGCAUUGCGAUCGCACCUUUACCUCACACAUUUGCCUGGCCGGUCACUUACGAGCCCAUCGCACAGAGACUGUCAAACCAAUGUCUGGGGCACCAGCCUACACUCGCCGCAUCCACCUCCAUUGUCCACAUUGCACUCUCACGUUUAUUCUCCGCAAGGGUCACAUUAAACCACAUGCGUAUCCACGACAGCGGAAUUGACCGAAGCCCCGACACAUCUAGCACAUCCAGCACACCCACCAUGCCUAGCCCAACGCACAUCCCGUCGCCCAACAUUUCAACGAACAACCACACCUCGUCGCCCAGCACGCCCACUACCACCAACUCGACCAUCACCAUCACCGAAGCUGAUACUGACACCGCCGACUUCUCAUGCCCAAACCUGUCUCCGUGCAAUCACCUCACGCGUCGACCUGGUGGGUCAUUCGCGAAUUCUUCGCAUCUACCUACACUCGCUGUAUCCGCCUCCACUGUCCACACUGCACUCUCACAUUUAUUCCCCGCAGGAGUCUAUUAGGCUACAUGCGCAUCCACGAAAACCUGAAGGCGUGUGCGAUGGCCGUUUCAGCAAACCAUGGCCCUCGCAGCCUGGAAUGCGAUGGAAGUUCCUUUACACCUGGUUCCCUGCCCGUAGAUGCGCUUGCGCUCCCGCUGGGUAUACAGGUGGUGGGCAUGACUGCCCAGUCACCACCCUCGUCCUUCUGA